AUGCUGGUCGGUCCAACGCAGCGGAGCGUGGUCACGUUGACCACGCAGGCAUCGCUUCGAGGUUCCCUGACCCUUCGUGCGGCAGCCCUGCCAGCCCGGGGGCGCUCCCUACACGCGAGCAGCAAGUCUCUUGCUCAGCCGCCGCCGCCGUCAUCGCCACCGCCACCGCCAUCGCCAACACCCUCGUCGGAACCGCGCAACGAGGCGCGCGAGUACCUCGAGGCCAAGCGGCUGCGCAAGGAAGCGCGCGCCGGCCAGCCGCCAUCGCGACACGCCCUCUUCUACAGCGACAUCGUUCCGCCGCUGCUGCGCAUUCUGGCGUACGGUUCGACGGCCUACUUUGCGCUCCACCUGCUCUGGAACGUGCUGGACCGCGACGAGCAGCGGGCGCUGGCGGACGCCAAGACCGACGGCUACGCAAACACGAUCCGCAACCUCGACGAGCAGAUCGAGCAGGCCAAGCAGAGCGUCACGGACAAGGCUGCGGCUGCAGGCAAGGAGGUCGAGAUCAAGGCGGAACAGAUCAAGGCCAAGGCGUCCUCCGGGUGGGGGAGCUGGCUGUGGCCCUUUGGCACCAGCAGCGGUGGUAGCGAUGACAAUGGUGGUAGUGGUGAUGGCAGUGAUCAGGGCCGGUCAGCAGGUGCGGCAACGGCAGCAGCAUAG